AAGUCACAUUUUCAAAAUUCAGAAGAUUUACAAACGCCAUCUAAUAGAUUACUGGAGAAUCGAAGAUUUAGCGAACCUAACAUUAAUAAAAUUCAAGGACAAGUGACGUAUCUUUGGGAAUUUUUAUUACAUCUUUUACAAGAUGAAGAAUAUUGUCCAAAAUAUAUCAAAUGGUUGGAUCAUAGUAAAGGAAUAUUCAAAUUAGUUGAUUCGAAAGCAGUUUCACGCUUAUGGGGAUUACAUAAGAAUAAACCAGGCAUGAAUUAUGAAACAAUGGGACGAGCAUUAAGGUACUAUUACCAAAGAGGUAUAUUGCAAAAGGUCGAUGGUCAGAGACUUGUCUAUCAAUUUGUCGAUGUUCCUAAGCAGGUUUCUAAUUCGAUAAAUCUGUAA